GAAAAACCCUCCACCUCCAACCUCACCGUCGCCCGUCGAAUCCUUUACACCAAACCCGCCAAAAUGGAGAACGAGAAGGGAGAGAUCGUCGAUCUCUACGUGCCCCGCAAGUGCAGCGCCACCAACCGCAUCAUCAAGGCCAACGACCACGCCUCCGUCCAGCUCUCCGUCGGCAAGGUUGACGAGAACGGCCGCUACACCGGCGAGAACGAGACUUACGCUCUGUGCGGCUUCAUCCGUGCCCGCGGCGAGAGCGACGACUCCUUCAACCGCCUUGCCCAGAAGGACGGCUACCUCAAGAACGUGUGGUCCGCCAACCGUCAGCGCUAA